AUGCAUCUUCUCGCCGUCUCUAGAAAGUCACUGCUUGUACUCAGUGGCGUUGUUGUACUGGGAAUCAUUGACGUCUGCCACGCCGCAGACGUAACAAAGAUCUCCUCAACCGGCUGCGUCGAUAAAGCCGGCUUCGAGAAAUGUCUCGCCGACGCCGUUGAUGCAGAAGCAGCUUGCAUCAAGACCACCUCUGGCGAUGCCAGUCUUAUCGUGGGCUGUGGAUACGGGAACCAGAUCAACCAGAUGAACUGCUACAUGUCGAGCUGCUGGAACAAGAUUUACUCCUGUGAAUACUCCGCCCUAGCAGCCCAAUACACCACCGACCGCGACCUCAUGACCCCAGAACCAAUCCCCUUCUGGCCCGCCCCCGCAAACGCCCCCGGCGCCUGCUCCUGCAACAUCGGCGAGGCCGUCGUCAACUCCACGCAGGUCUACCUCGAAAGUAUCGGCUGCAUUUCCACCUACCAGAACGUCCCGGACCUCUUUGGCUGCACCUGCUGCUCCUUCGACGGUGCUCUUUCCGCCCUAUACGCAAUCUGCCCCAACAACAAUCCCGACUACCUCGGCUAUGCCGACUACUACAAAGCCAUCAAAGACUACGAGAGCCAGCUCAACCUCGGCACCUGCGCCGAAGCCAUCAGCGGCUCCAACUGCGUCUCAAAAUGGGGUAUCGACCCCCCCGCCGGCGGAAAGUUCCUCGACCCCGACUCUUUGUCAAAAUCGUUUGGCAACGACGCGCUGUCGACCGUCAGUGGGACACUUACAGCGCCGCCGGGCGGGCCCACUAUCACUUGGUCAAUCCUCGGUGUCGAGUGGACGGUCACAGCCGCGAGUGCUGUGGCCGGCAGCGGCGGGAGUGAUACGGCGGCGGCGCAGACGACGGUGGUCACGACGACGAAUAGCAUGGGGGAGACGGUGGUGAGUACGGGGACGGUGGCGGCGGCGACGGGGUCGGGGUCGGGGUCGCCGAAUUCGGCGGUGGGAAGGGCGGUGGGGAAUGGAUGGGUUGGUGCUAUGGUGGCUAUAGGAUGGGUGAUGUGGGUGUUUUGA